UUUUUCGAGAGGAUAAGUUAAGGGAACAUGGCGGCGCCGUCUAAUUUGCUAAAGAACAAAGGCUCCCUACAGUUUGAGGACAAAUGGGACCUGAUGCGCCCCAUCGUGCUGAAGCUCCUGCGGCAGGAGUCCGUCACCAAACAGCAGUGGUUCGACCUGUUCUCGGACGUCCAUGCAGUUUGCUUGUGGGACGACAAAGGUCCAGCUAAGAUCCACCAGGCUCUCAAAGAGGACAUCUUAGAUUUUAUCAAACAAGCUCAAGCACGUGUCCUGAGUCACCAGGACGACACGGCGCUGCUGAAGGCCUACAUCGUGGAGUGGAGGAAGUUCUUCACGCAGUGCGACAUCCUGCCCAAACCUUUCUGCCAGCUGGAGAUCACUCUGAUGGGCAAGCAGGGAUGCAACAAGAAGUCCAACGUGGAGGACAGCAUYGUCCGCAAACUCAUGCUGGACACGUGGAACGAGUCCAUCUUCUCCAACAUUAAAAACCGUCUUCAGGACAGCGCCAUGAAGCUCGUCCACGCCGAGAGGCUGGGAGAGGCCUUCGACUCGCAGCUGGUCAUCGGAGUUCGAGAGUCUUACGUGAACUUGUGCUCCAAUCCUGACGACAAGCUGCAGAUCUACAGGGACAACUUCGAGAAAGCUUACAUGGAUUCUACCGAAAGGUUCUACAGAACUCAGGCGCCGUCGUACCUCCAGCAGAACGGGGUCCAGAACUACAUGAAAUACGCCGAUUCAAAGCUGAGGGAAGAAGAGAAACGAGCUUUAAGAUAUCUGGAGACGAGACGCGACUGUAACUCUGUCCAAGCUUUAAUGGAGUGUUGCGUCAACGCGCUCGUAACGUCCUUCAAGGAGACCAUCUUAGCCGAGUGUCCGGGCAUGAUCAAACGAAACGAGACAGAGAAGCUGCACCUGAUGUUCUCACUGAUGGACAAAGUUCCCAGCGGCAUUGAGCCCAUGCUGAAGGACUUAGAGGAGCACAUCAUGAGCGCCGGCCUGGCUGACAUGGUGGCUUCAGCCGAGACCAUCACCUCUGAUUCAGAGAAAUACGUGGAGCAGCUGCUCACGCUGUUCAACCGCUUCAGUCGACUGGUUAAAGAGGCCUUUCAGGACGACCCUCGCUUCCUGACCGCCAGAGACAAAGCAUAUAAAGCUGUUGUGAACGAUGCUACGAUAUUUAAAUUAGAGCUUCCAAUGAAACAGAAAGGGGUGGGAAUGAAAACUCAGCCAGAGUCCAAGUGUCCAGAGCUGCUGGCCAACUACUGCGACAUGCUGCUGAGGAAGACUCCGCUCAGUAAGAAGCUCACCUCUGAAGAGAUCGAGGCCAAACUCAAAGAAGUUCUUUUAGUGCUGAAGUACGUGCAGAACAAAGAUGUGUUCAUGCGCUACCACAAAGCCCACCUGACCCGACGGCUCAUCCUGGACAUCUCAGCCGACAGCGAGAUCGAGGAGAACAUGGUGGAGUGGCUCAGRGAAGUAGGAAUGCCUGCUGAUUAUGUCAACAAGUUGGCCCGGAUGUUUCAAGACAUCAAAGUGUCCGAGGACCUCAACCAGUCUUUUAAAGAAAUGCACAAACACAACAAGCUGGCUUUACCAGCCGACUCCGUCAACAUAAAGAUCCUGAACGCCGGAGCGUGGUCGAGGAGCAGCGAGAAGGUUUUCGUCUCUCUGCCCAUGGAGCUGGAGGAUCUGAUCCCCGAGGUUGAAGAUUUUUACAAGAAGAACCACAGCGGCAGGAAGCUCCACUGGCAUCACCUCAUGUCCAACGGCAUCGGCUGCAGGAUGUUCAGUUCCGUGAAGGCCUUUGAGGGGCAGCAGUACUCCACCCUGAAGAGGCAGUGUCUGCAGAGUGGCCUCCUGUUUGAGGACCCCCGCUUCCCCGCCACCGACGACUCUCUCUUUUACCAGGGCAACAGGAUCGGACGUGUCAUCUGGAAGAGACCUCGGGAGCUCUGCGAGGACCCUCACCUGUUUGUCGAUGGCAUCAGCGCACAUGAUCUGCACCAGGGGCAGCUGGGUAACUGCUGGUUCGUUGCAGCGUGUUCCAGCCUGGCUUCCAGAGAGUCUCUGUGGCAGAAAGUCAUUCCGGACUGGAAGGAACAGGAGUGGGACACAGAAAAACCUGACUCAUACGCAGGGAUUUUCCACUUCCGCUUCUGGCGCUUGGGAGAGUGGGUGGACGUGGUGAUUGACGACCGGCUGCCGACGGUGGACAACCAGCUCGUCUACUGCCACUCCAAUGACAGCAACGAGUUCUGGAGUGCCCUGGUGGAGAAGGCCUACGCCAAGGUUUACGGCUGCUACGAGGCUUUGGACGGAGGAAACACUGCUGAUGCCCUGGUGGAUUUUACAGGUGGGGUUUCUGAGCCAGUGGACCUAUUGGAAGGACAGAUGGCUACAGACGAGGUGGCUCGUAAUCAGCUGUUCGAAAGAGUUCUCAAAGUCCACAACAGAGACGGCCUCAUCAGCUGCUCCAUCAGGGCGACCACAAUAGAAGACAUGGAGGCGCGGCUGGACUGCGGUCUGGUCAAAGGUCAUGCCUACGCAGUGACGGACGUCCGGAAGGUUCGUCUGGGUCACGGACUGCUGGCCUUCUUCAAAUCAGAGAAGCUGCACAUGAUCCGCAUGAGAAACCCCUGGGGAGAGAAGGAGUGGAGUGGCCCUUGGAGCGACAGUUCAGAGGAGUGGAACAAAGUGAGCAAAAGUGAAAGAGAGAAGCUGGGCGUCACGGUGCAGGACGAUGGGGAGUUCUGGAUGACAUUUGAUGACUUCUGCCAGUACUUCACUGACCUCAUCCUAUGCCGCCUCAUCAACACCUCUUACUUGAGCAUCCACAAGACCUGGGAGGAGGAGGUGAUGAGGGGGUCCUGGGUUCACCGUCAGGAUCCACUUCGCAACCGAUCAGGAGGCUGCAUCAAUCACAAAACCACCUUCCUGCAGAACCCUCAGUAUGUGUUUGACGUGAAGAAGGUGGAGGAUGAGGUGCUGAUCUGCUUACAACAAAAAGAGAAAAGAGCCACUCCUCAGGAAGGAAAAGGGGAAAACCUCGCUAUAGGCUUCGAUAUCCACCAGGUCGAACUGAAUCGAAAGUACCGUAUGCACACAGCCCAGCAGAAAGUAGCAGGUUCCAUCUACAUCAACUCACGCUGCGUCUUCCUCAGGAAGGAGCUGCAGGAGGGUCGUUACGUCAUCAUCCCGACAACCUUUGACCCUGGGCAGCAGGGCGAGUUUCUGCUCCGUGUCUUCACUGAUGUGCCUUCAGACUGCAAAGAGCUGACCCUGGACGAGCCUCCUCAGACGUGUUGGACGGGGAUGUGUGGCUACCCUCAGCUGGUCACUCAGGUCCAUGUAAUGAAUGCUGAGGGGCUGCAGGGACAAGACUCCAAUGGAGCUGUUGAUCCCUACGUGAUAAUUACCUGUGAAGGAGAGAGGGUUCGCUCACCUGUUCAGAAAGACACACGUUGCCCAAACUUUGACAUCAAAGGCCUGUUUUACCGCAAAAAGCCCAAGGAAGCUAUCCACAUUGAACUCUACAACAAGAACAUGAUCGUGGACACCUUCCUGGGUCAGGUGAUUUUGUUCAGCGAGCCCAACGAGCGUCAGGAGCAGCACACGCUUCACCUGCGCGACAAGGGCAGUCGUCAGGACAGUGACCUCCCGGGCAUGCUCACUGUGCGCCUCUUCACCUCCACCACGCUCACCAACAUCUGACCAGAUCAUUACCACGACAAGAAAUGAUCGAAUUAAGUCCGCUGCUCAUCUUCAGAUGGUUUUUUUGGAGCUUGUCGUGUCCUGUUUUUAAAUUAUUUUUGAUAUUUAUAUCGUCACUGCGUUUUAUAAUUUGUUUUUGAAUCCCUGACAGGAGUCAUCGCUCAUCCUUAAACAUAUUUCUGCUAAAAUCGAACAUUUUUAACUGUCUGACUCAGAUUUGUUCUGAMAUUAGGCUUAAUUUUUUUUAUUUAGUUGCCAGGAUCUCCGUCAUCGUCCAAGCUGAUGUUUCGAUCAGUUCCUUUUUUUGUGCAGACCCAUACACGUAGACAUGCACAGAUAAUACAUAUGCACACAUCUCUGCACUCUCCUUGCAUGUGCCAAUUUUUUCAAGGGCUAUGCAUUGCCUUAAGGCUGAGUCAGUCUCUCCAGUUUGAGGAGAUACGAGAGAGGGGGGGUCAUGUAACAAACUUAUCAGCUGUUCUCAGCGUUAGCACAGCCUCUAUUUUCAUUUCUUAAAGUCUGCAACUUGUUUUUUGUCUGUCAUCCACCGUCACUAAUCCUUUGGUAUACCUGUGGUUAAACCCCGCCUCCCUCCUUCCCAGACACCUCAUCUCUCUGUUGGCUUCUUUUUAUUAUUAUUUUUUUUAGUGUGAACUUUACAAACAAAAGCCAACAGCAGCUGUGCUCUCCCUCUACCUUGAGCUUUUUUUUUAAAAUUUUGAUUACUUUUGCAUUAUGUGCGCUCGUGUGAAGUCCUUCCUUCCAUCACUUCUACCAUCCUGACUCCAGAAUCGCUCGCCGCCGGUUGCUAUGGACGAUCUCUAAACUGCAUGGCUUUAAAAACAAAAAAACAAAACUGUCUGCCUGUGCUGCACCUCUCCAGUCGUAGCUUAGCAGCCGGCGCUUCUGAUAGUGCUASCCUCCCUCUUUGGAUCACCUCCCCAUCCCACUACUUCCUGCGGGAGAUUCACUUCAACAUGAAUCAAGUGCUUUAUGGGACCAAAGAUGAGCCAGACCCUCUGUUCUGUUAGUUCUUGUUCAGAACAUCCUGGCCCGGCCCAGCCCAAGCCUAGCUACAAACCACCACCCCCUGUGCCACAUCAUCUCUUUACGGCAACACCACUGCCUGACGCUUCCUUUGACGAGUCUCGUGGGUCAACCUGGAAAACUCACGUCACGUCAUCUGAAAAAUGAAAAAAAUUCAAAAGACAGCAUCUGUGUGUGUGUGWGAGAGAGAGAGAGAUUGUGUGUGCUUGUUCCAGCUUUGCUUUGAGUGCUUGUCCKUUGAACUGAAAGAAAAAUGGGCUGUCGUUGGGAAGGCGUGAACAGAACAUGCCUCGCACUUUGUUUGGUUUUAAGACYCUCGAAGAGAAACGACAGAGGAGGUUCAGAGAAGGAGCUGUCCUGCCAAACAACCUGUGCCAUCAUCUUGGUCUUGGCUUUGCCUCCACAGCAGGAACAGCAGCAUGGAUGAACUUCUGAUUUUAUAAGUUUUUUUUUUGCAAAUUAAACCACAAGUGGUACAAAUCUAUCUCGUGUUAACCAUGACAAUUCUCCGAUCAUGUGACCACCCAUUCUAACCUUUUUACUUUACUUUUUGUUUAUUGAAAAGUGCAGACUGAGUUUUCUAUUUCUACACUUCCAGUCUCACUUUGUUUUUUUGUUAGGAUUAAAAAUGUACUUUACUGUCAUCAUCGAGACAUUUCCUUUGAAUGUAAGACGAUUCGUGGACUAGUCUGUCUGACCACCUAUCAGAUCAGUUCUCCUGGUUUCCUUUCAGCGCCUUUUAUUUCUUUUGAUUACUUGAACUGUCUGACAUGGCAUUUAACUGGUCACACAGAUUUAUGUACAGCAUCCCUAUAAAUGUGUCGUGCAUGAGUUACUUUCCGAUAUGUUCAUGGCCUUGUAUUGUACUGUUCAAUUGUUACUAUAUAUAUUUAUUCUUUCUAUUCCAAAUGUCUUGGAAAUGCUAGUUUUGAGGAAUCAGCAUGUCGACGGUGCAUCUCAUUUCAGUCUGAUCAUAUCAAACGGUUUGAAACAGUCGUCUUGUAUUACAGUGAUACAUUCAUUAUGCCUCUAGCAUCUGUGAACAUUAGCAGCAGUUGUUGACUACUAUCUAGGUGCUACUUAUCUCUCUGCUCUUUUUUUAUUUUUAUCCAGUUUGACAGAAAGUGAGAGCUGAUAAUGAAAGCCUGCAGUCAGUGUCUCAAACUGUGUGUGCCAAGCUGUAAAAGAUAUAAAGUAUUGUUGGAUUUUAUYUAUAGACAUAUGAGGAGAGGGAAAGAAAGGAGCCACAUUCCCUUAAAACGUACUGUUUAAGUGUCCUUGUGCAAGGUACUGGAGCCCAAAUUGUAGUUGAAUAACUCAGUGUAACUUCUGGGACUUUAAUGUCUUCUGGUUGAAAGUGUGUUUUAUCUUUUAAAAUCAGCUGCAAAUAAUUAACAGAAAGAUGGAUGAAAGGUUUAAUGUGAGGAAUGAUUUGUGCCAAAGGUAUCGUUGAGACGUGUCGGUCGUUAUGGAGCUUCAAAUAGAGUUUAAAAAUAAAAUAAAAUAUUUACUUAUCUGAA